AUGGCUUCUGCACAAUUGCAAGUUUUAUCUCUUCUCUGUCGAAUAUCACAUGGAGUUGUAAUUGAUGCUCUUAAAAGUUUGGCUUCAGCAACAGUGUUUUCACUAAUUGCAUUGUCGCGUGACGUACUUCAUAGUUAUAUAGACACAUCUAUUGAACAAUUCAAGAAAAAUACACUUUACACUUUUCAAUCACACAAUCAUUUUGUGUUAUCCCUUGUUUUAGAACAUCGCUUUAUAUCUGCAUUACGAACAAAUUUCUAUACGAGAAGUGUUCCUGGUAGUAACAUUUAUGAAACUUUUUCUGCCAUAUAUCCACAACAGGUUAAUCAAACUCAAUCGUCAUCGAUAUCGAAUGAAAUAUGUCGGUGUGAUCAGAAAAAUCAUUGUAUUUAUCCUGCUGGUAUUUAUAAUCAAUCAAAAGCUAUCAUUCCAAAUGAAGUGUUUUCACUUGAUGAACCACCUCUAUUCAUUGUACCAGGAUUUCAAGUUGGAUGCAUCCCUCAAAAUGCAUUGCUUCAUUCAACAUUGGAAUGUUUUUAUAACCAAUCAUGUUUAGAUAUGGUAAUUUCAUUGACUGGUGGUCUUUCCACUGUCUCAAUUUUAAAUAUUUCAAACCCUUCACGAUUCACUCCAGCAACAACUAUUAAUGUUCUCUUUGAUAAUCUAAUGAUCGAAUCUUGGAAGAACUCUACUGAUUUUGAGGCAUAUUUUCGAACAUGUGCACCAAAAUCAUGUUCAUAUUCAUAUAUACAACGGUUCUUUCUCAUUUACAUGAUCACAACUAUGGCUAGUGUUUUUGGUGGACUUAUCGUAGUAUUACGUAUAGCAUCGCCAUUGUUGCUAAAAUUCAUUUUACGUUUAUGUCCCCAAGAAGUUCGAAUGUUGAAAGCUGAUGAAGAACAUGAACCCAAUAGAAAUUUCAAAGAUCGUAUACGAAACUUCAUUAACAAUACUAAUAUUUUUAAUAAUCUGCCAUGUGAUUGUGAAGAAGUUCAAGUUUGUUUAAAAUCAUUGGGUUUCUAUAGCAAUUCAUUGUUAUCUGCAGAAGCCGAUAUCAUACCAGGUCAAAUUAUUCCUGGUCUAUACCUUGGUUGUACACUUUUAGAUUUUAGUUUUUCUACACUAGAAUGUUUUUACAAUCAACCAUGUGUCCAGAUGCUAAUUGAUCAACGUCUUUAUGAUUAUGAAAAUAUCUAUUUACCAAUCAAUUUGACUAAUAUAACAGCACUUGAUCCUAAUGAUGUCAUCACAAUGGAACUUCAAGACCCAUUCCUAUUUCUCAUGCGGACUGCUUUUGUUGAUCAAUGGAUCUACAUAAAAAAUUAUACAUCGUACUAUGCUCAUUGCCAGCCACAAAUAUGUACCUAUACAAUACAGCAUAAAUUACAUCCUUUUGCUUGUGUUAACUUAGUUAUUGGCUUGAUUGGAGGAUUAACUGUUCUUCUUCGUGUUUUCGUUCCAUUGUUCAUUAAAAUUAUCUAUCUGAUUUAUCAUUUUUGUCGUCGGCAAACGCGAGGCAUUGUUGUUGGAUGUUCAAUCAUGGAUGGUCUUUCACAGUCGACAUUUGAAUGCUUGUAUGAUGAUGUUUGCGUCAAUCAACUAAAUAGAGUUCUGGGUAGUUCUUUUACUACAUUUAAUCUUAAUGCAACGCCAUUCUCACCAACGACUUCAAUAGGAUCGAUUCUGGAUGACUAUUACAGGAUAUCAUAUGCUGUUUCACUUAAUUAUUCUGCAUAUUUUCAAGAAUGUGCUCCAUCAAUAUGUCAAUAUCAUCGUGCCGAACCAAACAAUAUUCUUUAUAUAUUCACAACACUGCUUGGAUUAUAUGGAGGAUUAACAGCAAGUCUACAUAUUUGCUUAUGAAUACCACAAUCACUACUAGAUAAACUAAGACCAUCGAGCGCUGAAUCAGAGUUACCAAACUUAUACUAUAAUCCUGAAGAUCAUAAAUUAGGUGAGCCGCUUCGAACAAUAGUAAGCGGAAUAAAAUCUCGAUUAGCAAAAAUAGCUAGUUUUCUUGAUAAGAUUAUUCGACCACUACUUAAUAAACAUACCUCCUUAGUACUUCUAAAACAUUUGAAAGAAUAUAAAACAACAUCAGAAACAAAUCUUUACACAUUCGAUAUAACGGAUCUUUACACAAUGAUUCCACAGAAAGAAGCGGUGUUAGCAGUAUUAGAAAAUUCCUACUUUGUACUUCAACAGCCAGCAGAACAACCUAAAUAUUAUAAACAAAUUAGAGGCGGAGCCAUGGGCUUAGCAUGUACACAAGUACUUGCUGACAUAUACGUUAAAAAAUGGGAGAAUAUCUUAGUAAAAGAACAACACAGACAAAAAGAAUUAUAUUUUCGAUUCAGAGACGAUGUAUUUCUAACAAGGAAACAACCACCAGAAAAAAUGAAUAAUAUUUUUGAAGAAUUAAACAAAUCUGAUCCAAAUUUAAAAAUACAAUGGGAAGGAGGAAAAUCAGUCGAUGACCUAGACGUAACAAUAAGAAUCGAGAUUCCAAAUUUUAGAACAAGAAUAUAUUGUAAAUUAGCAGCACAACCCUAUUUAUUGCCUUAUCACUCAGUACAUCCGAAACACAUCAUGAGAAAUAUUCCAUAUGAUGCAGCAUUAUGA